CAUAUUUAACACAUCAGAAGCUAGCUAGCAUUAGCUGUUUACAAGCCCAAACUUUUAACUUGAGACGGAAACAUAAAGCAAGCCCUAAACUUAAUCGAAAAUGAAUGUGAUAGAUAAUGUACGGGAAAUGGCUGCCGCUGGCCUUCACUCUAAUGUCCGGAUAUUGAGCAGUUUGUUGCUCACGAUGAGCAAUAACAACCCAGAGCUGUUCUCGCCAGCCCAGAAGUACCAGUUGUUGGUUUACCACGCCGAUGCCAUCUUCCAUGAUAAGGAAUAUCGUAAUGCUGCCUGCAAAUACAGUAUGGCAUUGCAACAGAAGAAGGUGCUCAGCAAAACAUCUAAAGUUCGUACUUCUACUGGUGGAGCUGCAUCUAACCUACAGGCACAGAGUUUGCCUUCCGAAAUUGAGGUAAAGUACAAGAUCGCUGAAUGCUAUACCAUUUUGAAACUGGAUAAAGAUGCUAUUGCAGUGCUCGAUGGGAUCCCGUCCAGACAGAGGACGCCAAAGAUCAAUAUGAUGCUCGCUAACCUGUACAGGAAGGCAGGUCAGGAGCGCUCUGCAGUCACCAGCUACAAGGAGGUCCUCAGGCAGUGUCCCCUCGCGCUGGACGCAAUCAUCGGUCUUCUCUCUUUAUCAGUCAAAGGAGCUGAAGUGGCGUCCAUGACUAUGGAUGUGAUCCAGAGUAUCCCCAACCUGGACUGGCUCUCUGUCUGGAUCAAAGCGUACGCCUUCAUCCACGCAGGAGACAAUCAAAGAGCCAUCAACACUAUUUGCUCUCUGGAGAAGAAGUCUCUGUUGCGGGACAACGUGGACCUCCUGGUGAGCCUGGCUGAUGUGUACUUCAGGGCCGGUGACACCAAGAACGCCAUCCUCAAGUUUGAACAAGCCCAGAUGCUGGACCCAUACCUCAUCAAAGGAAUGGAUGUUUAUGGAUACCUGAUGGCCCGCGAAGGACACUUGGAGGAUGUUGAAGUCCUGGGAGGACGAUUAUUUAACAUUUCAGACCAGCAUGCAGAACCCUGGGUCAUCUCUGGCUGUCACAGCUUUUAUAGCAAGCGUUACUCCAGAGCUCUCUACCUGGGAGCCAAAGCCAUCCAGCUGAACAGCAACAGCGUGCAGGCUCUGCUCCUGAAGGGCGCCGCACUGAGAAACAUGGGCCGUGUUCAGGAAGCCAUCAUCCAUUUCAGGGAGGCCAUGCGCUUAGCUCCCUGCAGACUCGACUGCUAUGAAGGUCUGAUCGACUGUUACCUGGCAUCCAAUGGGAUCCGAGAGGCUAUGGGGAUGGCCAAUAACAUCUAUAAGACUCUGGGGGCCAACGCACAAACUCUCACCAUCCUGGCCACCGUGUGCCUGGAGGACCCGGUGACGCAGGAGAAAGCCAAAACCCUGCUGGACAAAGCUCUGGCCCAGAGACCGGACUACACCAAGGCUGUGGUGAAGAAGGCCGAGCUGCUCAGUCGGGAACAGAAAUAUGAAGAGGGGAUCGCUCUCCUGCGGAACGCCCUGGCCAAUCAGAGCGAUUGUGUCCUGCACAGGAUGCUGGGAGAUUUCCUGGUGGCUGUCAACGAUUACCAAGAAGCCAUGGAUCAGUACAGCAUAGCGCUAAGCCUGGAUCCCAACGACCAGAUCUUAGAAGGAAUGCAGAAGAUGGAGAAGGAGGAGAGUCCCACAGACGCCACGGUGGAGCUGGACGGGGACGACAUGGAGGGCAGCGGGGAGGACGGGGACCUGGAGGGCAGCGACAGUGAAGCGGCGCAGUGGGCCGACCAGGAGCAGUGGUUUGGUAUGCAGUGACCCCGGCCACUAAACGAGACGCAGCCGCUGCUGACACCCUGCAGCCUGUGGGAAGCGUUCGGCUCGUGCAGCGGGACACGCGGCCUCCUUUAUGUCCCAACAUCCUGAAAACCUUAUCAACCACUUCACUGUGGAGCCUCGUCUCAGCGGGAACCUCUCAACCCCAGAGAUUCACUGAUCGCUCAACAUUAGUUUCUGACUUCAGCACUUCUUUGUUCGUGUGAGGCUUCCUGUGUUCCAGGAAACAUCCACAGUGAUGUCUUCUCUGAAGAUCUUCACUUCCACAUGAUGUAAAGCAGAGGAACGCAGGAACCCUCCACACAGAAAGAAGAAUGACUUAAACGAAUGAAUCAUUAUUAAAGUAGUUGAUUACUUUCUGUCGUUGCAGCUCUAUCCUUAAUAAAUGCCUCCCUGUCCCGGGUCCUGCAAAGUACAAUUUAAAGUCCCGUAUGGUCGUUCCUGAGUGUCGGCGUAUUAAUAACACAAAGAGCCGCGUUGGAUCUUUUUGGGGUCGAGUUGUUCAGUUUACUGUAACGUGAGACGCAGACAUCGUGUUGAGGCCAGAAACGUCCGGCGCUUUCCUUCACGUGUUAGACGGCAGAGAUUUUUAAAUUAGCGUUUUUAUUUGAGCCCGACUGAACUUCUAGAUCACGAUGAGAGUCGUGACUUAACGUCUGGCGGACGGGGUGAAACGUGACGAUGUGCUUAACGUGUGUCUCUUCAGUUGAACACCUGACGUGUCGUGUACAUGCUUAUUAUUUUGUGUUGAGUCUGCCUUUGUGUGUCAAAAAUAAUCCAACAAUUGACUCAAGUGUUACUUAUAAAUGUUUAUAGUAUUUUGUACAUAUUUUUAAAGUGUAUAAUAAAAUGAUUAAACACUCUCA